AAAAAAAGUAAGCAAAAAAGUAAAGAAAAAAGAGAAAGAUGGAAGAAAAGGCGGCAGGAAAACAAAGAAAAGGUCCUCAGCACCCUCUCGCCCUCACCAACGCCAGCCACACCAGCAGGCCACGCACCACUCACUAGCAACACCUACAUCCCACCAAGGAACACAUUUUUAAGCUUCCUUGGAUCAAAUUCAAUACAAAAAGGUGUCUUGAGAGAGAGAGAGAGAGAGAGAGAGAGACGAGAUGUAAAAAGAAGAAGAAGAAAGAAGAAGAAGAAGAAGAAGAAGAAGUAA